AAUUUGAAAUAUUUUCAGUAAAGUAGGUAUAAUUUAGGGUUUAAUACUAUAUAUUUAGACCAAAUAUAUAAGUUGUGCGAAGUCAAAGAAUAAAGAAGCAAACCCAAAUAUGAGGUGUGCUAGUGCUGGGCUUUACAAAUGGCCCAAGGUUAAGAGUCCAAGUCUAAAUUUAUCAGCAGCUGGAAAUCGCCGACACGCACUCGAGCGUAUUUCUUCUCACAGUAACCAGUCUCCGGCCGCCGACGAUGGCUGAAGCAACCGCCGACGACCAGUUAGUGCAGCAACAGCAGCCUCCGCCGAAACCGCGGCCGAAGCGCUUCGUAAAGAACCAAAUCCCCGACUCAAUCCUCAACGACGCGGCGCUCAACGCCGCUAUCUCCCUCCUCCCGGCCAACUACAACUUCGAGAUCCACAAAAUCAUCUGGCGCGUGCGCUCCUCGAACGCCACCCGCGUCGCUCUCCAGUUCCCGGAGGGCCUCCUCAUGUACUCACUCGUCAUCUCCGACAUACUCGCCACCUUCGGCGCCGUCGCGCACUGCUUCAUCCUAGGCGACGUCACCUACGGCGCCUGCUGCGUCGACGACCUUUCCGCGCGCGCGCUCGACGUGCACCUGCUCGUGCACUUCGGCCACAGCUGCCUCGUCCCCAUCGAUUGCACCACCGUUCCUGUGCUCUACAUCUUCGUCGAGAUCGCCAUCAACACGCGGAAGCUCCUGCACGAGCUGAGUUACAAUUUUAGCCCUAAUCAGAUCAGUAAUUUCGUCAUGGCUGGAACUAUUCAAUUUUCGAACGCGAUCCGCGCGGUGAAGCCGGAGCUGGAGAAUUUAGGGUUUAGGGUUUUGAUUCCCCAAUCUAAGCCCCUUUCUGCGGGGGAAGUCCUCGGGUGCACUGCGCCAAGCGUGAAAUUACAUGAUUCUGCGGGGAAGGACAAUGUGAUUAUCUUUGUGGCGGAUGGAAGGUUCCAUUUGGAGGCGUUUAUGAUUGCGAAUCCGGAUAUUAAGGCGUUUAGGUAUGAUCCUUAUUUGGGGAAGUUGUUCUUGGAGGAGUAUGAUCAUGAGGGGAUGAAGGGGAAUAGGAGAAAUGCGAUAGAGAGGGCGAAAGGGGCGAAAACGUGGGGCAUUGUGUUGGGGACCUUAGGCAGGCAAGGGAAUCCUGUGGUGUUGAACAGGUUGGAAGGGAAAAUGAGGGAUAAAGGAUUGGAUUAUAUGGUGGUUUUGAUAUCCGAAUUGUCGCCUAAGAAGAUUGAGCUGUUUGGCGAUGCAGUGGAUGCUUGGGUUCAGAUUGCGUGCCCCAGAUUGUCUAUUGAUUGGGGCGAUGCGUUUAAGAAGCCGCUGCUGACAUCCUUCGAGGCUGAGAUUGCACUCGGGGAUUUGGCCGGGUGGUGGGAGAGGAAACCAGUAUGUAAUGAUAGUUUGGAAGGGGCCAUGAAGGAAGGUUGUUGUGGAAAUGGCAACGGGCAAAAGGGUGUGGAUUAUCCGAUGGAUUAUUAUGCGCAGGAUGGAGGGGAGUGGAAUUCUUCUUAUUCAAAGAAGCCUGCUCGUGGGAAAAAAGAUCAGUGUUGCAAUGGUAGUGGUGUGAGAUGUUAAAGAUUUGGAUGAGAGUAAAAAUAACAUUACAUGUCAUAGUUAUACCCAGUUUUUAGUUUAGGGGGUUCCUACACAGAGGAUGAAACAAUGCUCCAGUUCUGUACAAGGCUAUUUUCAUACUGUUCCGUAAGCAAGGGCGUCGCCACUAUCAUGGUCUCCUACUCCAGCUUCAACGGAGACAAGAUGCAGCUAACACAAAUCUCAUCACUGGUUUUCUCAAGAAAACUCUAUGCUUCAGAGUGACCAACCUCAUCAUCCUCUGUUUUAGUUUUUAAUUUAUAUAACAAAGUGAAAUUUCUUGACAUUACCCCAUAUAUAAUAUAUAUAUCUGGGAUUUGUCAUCUCGGAUUAUAAGGACAUAGACCUAAUAACUGAUCCGCCUCAUGCCAACUACACAUAUUCGAUUCUAGCAGGAAUCGGGGUUGGCAUUGAAACGGUCAUGAUCCCGGAUAACUAUACUGAGUUCAUGAACGGACUAACUUCGUUAGUGAGAAGUAAGUCCAUUCUGAUGAGCCGGAUUGAUGAUGCCGUGAAGAGAAUACUCAAGAGUUAAGUUCACAAUGGGCCUUCUUGAAAACCCACAAGCUGAUUACAGCAUGACUAACUAUUUAGAGAGUCAGGCACAUAGAACUGGCAAGAGAAGCAGUGAGGAAAUCCCUAGUCCAGUUGUUUUGUAGGAGCAAGCAUCUAGCUAGACAUUGUAGCUUUAGUCAAGCUUCAAAAUUGUAAAUCUACUACUUUAUUUCAAGAAAAUUACACAAAAGAUAAAACAAUGCUCCACUUCUGCACAAGGUUAUGAAUCAGGCACCAUAGAGGCCAAGAACAGAGAGAUGAUUCCAGAAAGUCUGUGCGCCUGCAUACAACGCGCUAGCUCAAGACACAGGUAUGUAUGGUAUGCAUUAGUUGCCAAAGCUGUAGUUUUUUUUACUCUGUUGAACGAUUCUCUGCGUCUCAGUUUUACUUUCUGCCUGCAUUCUUGCAGAUAUUUUGUUA